ACACACUCAUAUACAAACACACACCGACACAAAGUACACACGGGGGCAGUCACGCGCGCGCGUACAUAGCACGCGCGCGUCAUACGCACUGCUCGCGCGCGCGCGCGCGCGCGACGCGUCGCAUCGCGCAGCGGAAGGAGCAGCGAAGAAGCUGUCGGGACGAGAGAGCCGGAGUCGGCUCGCACGGAAUCGCAUCGGGCACGGCGAGGGCCGCCGCGAGCUUGCGAGCGGGGACCGUAGUGCGCGUAAGCUUGCGGAGCAGAGUCGAAGCGAACGGGCGAGGGGGAAGAUCGACGCGCGAGCUCCUAAUACCGGAGCUUGCGGAGGUGCGCUACCUCCUCGGGGAACAUCUCCGUCGUGGAAGCUCUCGGCUGGAGUUGGUGCACUUCCGGUGCCAAUCUGCGAUCGACGACGGCAAGUCGUGAUGAACGAGCGUGUGUGAAGCUUGACAGACUGGAUGCGUCGCGACGGAAACGCACGCGGUGCUUGCGCAAGCUGUCGCGUGUAUCAGUGAGGCAGCUUCGUGCUUGCGCCCGGGUGUUCGCCGGGAGAGCCACGAGGAAAGGAGCCGAAGACGAGGGAAGCCCGGGACCAUACGAGGGCAGGAGACGGACACGGCGCCGGGCGAGCUUGCGCGAUCAGAAAAAGCUCGCGUGUGCUGUCUGGAUGCUGGGCGAUGUACGAGUGAAUAGAAUAGCUCGCAUCGCGGCGUUACGGCUCGAACGGAUGACGCACGCCUCUUUUUGUUGCAACGUGGCACACGGCGGAGUUUUGAAAAAGCACGUCGGGAAGCCGCGGACGCUCUUCUUUCGUUCACUGUUCGGUGUUUACUCGUAAACGUUUUUCUCCCCUCCAUUCGCUGUAAACAGCCACGUCCAUUCUUGUCCCCGCGAGUUCGAACUGCGUGACAGAGAAAGAGAAAGAAAGUAAGAGAGAGAGAGAGAGAGAGAGAGAGAAAGCGCGAGCGGAUAAUAGCCGCGAGAGCUUCGUAGCAAUAGACGAAAUUCUUAUUGUCAGCCAGCUGGCAUUCACCUACAAGCGACGCUCUGAGGGAAGCUCGCGUCUUGAUACAUAGUGUCUUAAAUAACAUUUCGUGAGAAGCUCCACUCGCGCGCACACGAGCGCGCUUCACUCACUGCGGGACGCGCGAGCUGAAUUUUCGGAGCAGGUGUCGUAUCGUCAGAGGCACCGCGAUAUCAAUGACACAAAAGGCCGUGCGAAACGGGCCUCUCGCAAUUCCACACUCAUUGUCUCGAGUGUCCUGAUCGUUCUUAGCCUUUGAAACCGAGGUUCUCGCAUUGCCGAGAGCGGCAGAGAGCGAACGGACGUUUCGUUGCGUGUUUCGUUACGCGAGCUCGCGAAGCUUACCACUUCUCGUGACGAUAGGGACGCGUAUCGACGAGCAAUAUCGACGAGCAAUGCCGUCGGCAGCCGCCUCUUCGACAAGAGCAUCGCUCGCAUCCACGUAGAGACCCGGAGCAGGAGCUCGCAAGCUCGAGAAUGUAGUGUCCUGGUGGACGCAUGCUGGCGGGGACUCAAGCUCAGGUUCUCGCGGUGAAAUUGCACGGCGGCCAAGCGAGCCGAAACAGGUGGAAGAUCUCCGGCGCGAUACGGCCUGAAGAGUAUCGCGAGGAGCUAUCGCAGGGUGGUUAUCGAUGAUGGUGGAAGGCACGUUGCCAAAACGCGAUUGGUUGGCCCGGCGCGCGUCUUCGCUCGACUCGAGCUUUGCUGCGUGCCGGUCGUCACUUCGCUGAACUCGGCGACAUCUCUUCGAGACCGUGUUAGGGAGUCAGAGAGGUAGACAGAUAGAUAAAUAGAGAGAGAGAGAGAGAGAGAGAGAGAGAGAGAGAGAGAGAGAGAGAGAGAGAGAGAGAGAGAAGCAAGGAGAGAAAAAGAAUCACUGAGGACCGCCAGGCGUGAAAUGACGAGCUCCAGACCUGUGCCUGAUCUUAAGCUGUCGACGUCGAUGUUGUCGUCGUCAUCGUCGUGGCGACGUUGGAGAGGCAAGCAUUGCUCGGUCAGUUAAUACGUUUCUUUUUCGGCGUGUCGCUGCGUGACCCGCGACCUCGUAACGACGAAUACGACGAAGUUGCCGACGGGCCUCGGUAACAGAGACUGUUUUGAUAGCUGAAUCUUGAAGAGAGAAAGCGACGAGACAGAGGACCCUAGAAGAAAUCGUUUUUAUUUCCGGGAGGGGAAGCUUCGUCCACGAGAUUGAGUGUAUACGCGAGCGGCAGCAGCGGCCGUAGCGAGUAGGUAAAUAAAUAGAUUCGUAGAUAAAUAAGCGAGCAAAUUAGAUGGAAGUAGCGCGGCCAUCGGGCGCGGGAGAAACGUCUGUAGAGCAAGUAGACCCCAGACGUAAGAGCUAAGACGUGGAGGAGCUCAGCCGUUAGAAGCUGAAGAGAAGUCGAAUUAAAAAUAGGGAUUAGCAACGCGAUCGUUCUUUAAGAAAGAUCUAGUCUCUCUAAUAGUUGUGUUACUAAUCGCGAACUUGAAGAAGCAUGAACCAGACGAAGGUCGAUUUGAGCUGACCUAAGAAUAACCGAGGCGAGAAGUGGCUUGUUCAAACGAGAUCCAGAAAGUGGAUCAUUCGUCAAUAGGAAAACGAUAGAGGAGAGAGAAAGAGAGAGAGAGAGAGAGAGAGAGAGAGAGGGGGGGGAGGAAAAGAAGAGGAAGAAAGAAGAGGAAAAGAGAAAAAGAGAGAAGAAAAAAAGUCUUCAAGUUCAAAGGUUUUAUUGCAUCUGAUUGUAGAAGAUAUAUUUGGAAAGCUGCCAGUUAAGAGUAUCAGAAUCCCGUUCCCGAUUUGUUGCGAGAAAGGGUAUUUAGAUAUCGACAAACGAGAUAUCGCGCGCAAACGGUGCAAAGCACCGUGAAUUUUAGAAGAGUCCUUCGUAAAUGUCGGGAUCAUCGUGAACUUGAAGAAAUACUCCUCACACACACACACACACACACACACACACACACACAGUCGGAGGGUUCCUCGUUCUUCGACGGGAUCGAUUGUCGUCGGGACGAUCGACGCGCGUGCAAGUCUGAUUGUCGAUGUUAGACUAAUCGUAGACUCGAGUAUUCAUUCUGAGAAGAGGAAGAGAAAAAGUGAGGCUUGAGACGGACGUAUCGGACGUAUCGAGUUGAGGCAAGGCGGGAGUAGAGCGCACGACGACGGCGACGACGGCGACGACGAGGACGACGCUUUUGAAACUCGGUCGACGCUCUGGCUCUCCCGCACUCCCUGAAGGAAGAUUCCACCUUCAAGCAUGGCCUCGGUGGCAGCGUGGCUGCCGUUCGCUCGCGCGGCGGCGAUCGGUUGGGUGCCGAUCGCCGCACACCCACUGCCACCGCCGCCGAUCCCGAAGGACCGGCGCAAGGCCGACGACGAGAAGCUGCUGAUCAACGUGAGCGGUCGCCGCUUUGAGACAUGGCGCAACACCCUGGAGAAGUACCCGGACACGUUGCUCGGCUCAAACGAGCGCGAGUUCUUCUACGACGAGGAGAGCAAGGAGUACUUCUUCGACCGGGACCCGGACAUCUUCCGGCACAUUCUCAAUUACUAUAGGACCGGUAAGCUGCAUUAUCCGAAGCACGAGUGCCUGACGAGCUACGACGAGGAGCUGGCGUUCUUCGGCAUCCUGCCGGACGUGAUCGGCGACUGCUGCUACGAGGACUACCGGGACCGCAAGCGCGAGAACGCCGAGCGGCUGAUGGACGACAAGCUGAGCGAGAACGGCGACCAGACGCUCCAGCAGCUGCUCGACAUACGGCAAAAGAUGUGGCGGGCCUUCCAGAACCCGCACAUCUCCACUGCCGCCUUGGUAUUCUACUAUGUAACCGGGUUCUUCAUCGCCGUGAGCGUGCUGGCGAACGUGGUGGAGACUGUGCCGUGCGGUAACCGUCCGGGACGCGCCGGCACCCUCUCGUGCGGCGAGCGUUACAAGAUCGUGUUCUUCUGCCUCGACACCGCGUGCGUGAUGAUAUUCACCGCCGAGUACCUGCUGAGGCUGUUCGCCGCGCCCAGCCGGUGCAAAUUCGCGCGCUCCGUGAUGUCGAUUAUCGACGUGGUCGCGAUACUGCCGUACUACAUCGGGCUCGGGAUCACCGACAACGACGACGUGUCGGGCGCGUUCGUGACGCUGCGCGUGUUCCGCGUGUUCCGUAUCUUCAAGUUCUCGCGGCACUCGCAGGGACUGCGGAUCCUGGGCUACACCCUCAAGUCCUGCGCCUCCGAGCUGGGUUUCCUCGUGUUCUCGCUCGCGAUGGCCAUUAUCAUCUUCGCCACCGUCAUGUUCUACGCGGAGAAGAACGUCGACGGCACCAACUUCACCUCGAUACCCGCCGCCUUCUGGUACACCAUCGUCACGAUGACUACGCUGGGAUACGGUGACAUGGUUCCGAAAACGAUCGCGGGAAAAAUCGUGGGGGGUGUAUGCUCCUUGAGCGGUGUCCUAGUGAUCGCUUUACCGGUACCUGUUAUCGUCAGUAAUUUCAGCAGAAUAUAUCAUCAAAACCAACGUGCCGACAAACGGAAGGCGCAGAGGAAAGCCAGAUUGGCGCGUAUCAGAAUCGCGAAGGCGUCGAGCGGCGCCGCCUUCGUGAGCAAAAAGAAGGCAGCGGAGGCGCGUAUAGCCGCUCAGCAGAGCGGACUGCAGCUGGAGGACUACAAGGAGGAGGAUAUCUUCGAGCUGCAGCAUCAUCACCUACUUCGCUGCUUGGAGAAGACUACGGACCGCGAGUUCGUGGAGAUGGAAGUGCCGUACAACGGCGCCCCGAAGAGGCCGGGCUCGCCGUCACCCCUGACCUCCCCUGCGCACAGCACUGCCUCCAGGGGCGGCCUGCUGCAUUCCUGCUGCGGGCGCUGCUACCCCCAACGUUACCAGUGUCGCGAACAUUGAUCUACGCUGAGAAUCCGACGUGAUUUGCGAACGCUGCGCAUAGAUGUUCGAGCGAGAGAAUUUGUGCAAGGAUGACCCGUGGAGAUUAAUUCGAACGACCGAAAGAAUAAGCGGAGGUGGAGCAAGGAAAAAGAAAACUCUCUUAACGGAGUUGUUUUGCGUGCAAAGGCGUUAAAUUCUAAAUGGAGGAAAAAGAAUAAUCAUUUGUACGUUGCGGGACGUUGCGACUCAUUCUCGCUCUUGAGAAACGCCGAUAUAAAUGCCGCGUUUAUUACCGCACGAUGCAGAGAGCGGGGCUCCGCCGCAGUAGUGAUAGUCCGUGAUGCGUCAGACAUCGCGCGCCAUCCCCGUCCGCAGCUUCUCCCUUGUUUGUACAGCUUGUUUGGCCCGACAAAAGUGAAAAUUCCAUAAUUUCCACAGAUAACAGAAAAUAUUUGAUAAUGUGUAAUUCAAUCGGCAGCACGUAUCAUUUAAAAUUUCGACGUGGGAUAUGCGACCCUCGCCUCGACUUGCCUCGAUUGCGUAUUUUAUCGUGACAAAAAUGCGCGUCUGUGAAAAAUGUAUUCGUAAUCUAUGCCUCUGAUUACGCCGUCAAAAACACAGGUGAGGAGUAGUAGGUGAAUACUAUACCGUUCGUUAUACGUGUAAUUAAAAUGCUGUAAAUGGUGCAGCGUUCGUUGUCAAAGCGUUGAUUGACUUUUUGCAUGUUCCGCGCAGAAACGUGCUUUCUCUGUCUCGUUGAAAUGUGUACGUUAUAAAUUACAGUUACCGACAAAAAAAUUAAUAACACCGUAAUGUAUUCAAAGCCGUAGUGAUUGAAAUUCAAAUUAGUAUACAUUGCAAAAAAAAAUGUUGGCACACCGUUAACGUAUAAUCUUUAUUUAUAGAGGCAAAAUAUUCUUUGCAAAAUGCAAUUUUGCACGAAGCGCGUUGAGUGAAGUGCACAAGAGAUUAAAUCAGUCGACAUUUAUGCAAGAAUUAUAAAUCUUUUGGAAAAUCUCGUAUGUCGGUAAUUUUGGAUAGUCUCAGUAUUCGCUGCCACUUAUUGCGAGAACUUUCGAACGCGACAGCCGUUCGACAACACCGAUCGCUUCGACUUGUCACGUAUUUAAUAUGCAUUUUUAAUCGAAGCUGCUUGCCGGCGAGUCUUGCGACGACGCGACGCACACAUACAUCCCCGAUAACAUAAAAACGCGCGCGUCCAGUCCUACUUUUACCAAACUCUUUUAUUGUGCCGUACUUUACAUAUGGUAUCUUACAGGGUACAAACCACCCUUUUCUCCGGCUGAUCUCGCGACAGUCUUUCCCGCGAUCCGAGCUCUAUAAAAGUGCAUUUCGUCGGCUCUCGCUGAGCCAGCAGCGCGCGCGCGCGCGCGUCUCGCUCGCCGACUUGCGUUACAGGAAGGUGCUCCAAUAGACGACGUUGAGGAUGAAGAACGAGAACGGGAAGAAGAAUCUGGAGAUCUUGUCGAUGAAAAUGGCGGUGGCGCGGCCUCGGCAGCACUGCUCGUACUGCACCGUCGGCGGCCUCGUCGGGCUUCUGCUUCUCUCGGCGUCCGGCCUCAUCGGCGUCUGCAAGAUGACAUCGAAAUCGUGUUUGCGUAGAAUAGACGGCAAUAAACGGGAAAAUGAGAGCAAUAAACGAAAGCAGGGACGGCAAAGUUAAA